AUGGCUCUACAAUUGAAGAAAAGGAACUAUAAGUUUCAUUUGGCAGCAACUGGUGCUCUUGUUUUGGGUGCUGGCUUUUUACUAGUUAAAACAUAUCCUCACUUGAUGUCUUGUUUUACGACGAAAGGCAAAGAAGAGGAAGAUGACAACACUCCUGUGGAGCUUCAGGCAGAGACCAAGGAUGAUGAAAACAACUCGACCUUGGAAUCACAAAGUGCUGAUGUCUCUUUGGUUGAUGUAGCUGAAUGGUCGGAUGAAAAUUUGAGAAGCUUUUUGUUGGAAGUAAGUAUCCAUCAAUCGAAGAUUAUUAGUGAGAAUACUAACGGCAAUAGAAAGAAAUCAGUCCUCCUCCCAACGCUAAUCACGAUAUCCUUAUUUCCAUUGUUAAAUCAAUUCAGGAAGGCGUUAAACAUUAACUUUAAUGUGAUUUUGACCAUACGGAUUUUCCUAGUGAGAUUCCUACUUCUUCUUAAGGGUGUGUUUAAUUAA